AAUUGAGCUGCUGUGCUUCUUAGAACUGGAUUCUGAGAACUGGUGAUGCACAGAGUUUCGAGGAAACUUUUACAAGAUUGUGACAGCAUGGCCACGACUGCAAAUGGCUGCAUUCAGUUCACACGCCAUGCAGGCGACGUCCUGCUCAACUUCAACCGUCUCCGCAGCAGGAACAUCCUGACGGAUGUCACCAUACAGGUGGACGGACAGAACUUUCAUGCUCACAAGGCCAUAUUGGUGGCCUGCAGUGGCUUCUUUUAUUCUGUGUUCAUGAACCCCAAGAACGCAAACCUUAGUGCCAUCAGCUUGGACCCCAAAGUGGACCCCAAGGGUUUCUCCGUCCUGCUGGACUUCAUGUACACAUCCUGUCUGGACCUAAAAGACAGUCUGGUCCUGGCCACCAUGAAUACAGCCCUCUACCUCCAGAUGGAACAUGUGGCCGACACCUGCCACAGGUUCAUGAAGACCAGGAAUCAGAUUGAAGAGGUACAGCUCAACUCAUCACAUCUGGCUGAGGAGAUCCCUGCUUUGAGGCCUGUUGAUGAGAAAGAGCCAGACUUUACAAACAACUACACAUCAACUUCAUCUGCUCUCUUGGAGUGCAGGGGCUACCUCCCCAAUGUCUUCAGGGGGAUCAACACCUCUGGCUCCUAUCACGUCUAUGGCGACCUCCACGUCCCUGCUGGGAAGACCGAAAGUUCCCUUAAGGUCAACGACCUCCCCAGAGGCGGGGCUUUGUCCCAGAAACAAUGCUCGCAGGUACCCAGCGACAACAUGGCUCACAAUGAGUCCACCACAAUCAUCUCUCACCCUGUGCCAUCCCACCCCAACUUCCCCACCAAUAUCAUCCGAUCUGCAGCAGCACGUGGGAGCCUUCAAACAUCUGUCUCUCCCAUGGAGGAAGACAGCAUUCAGCAUCCACAAACCAGCUGCCUGAGAUUGUCUCCAGGUUUUAGUAAAGGAGUGAUUUGCAGCCCUCAAAGCCCCCUCCGAUCUGACUGCCAGCCCAACUCGCCCACGGAGUCUAACAGCAGCAGAAACGCCACGCUGAGCCUCACGCAGCCGCCAGAGUCCCCCAAAGACGCCAAGGCACGCAACUGGAAGAAGUACAAGUUGAUUGUCAUGAACCAAACUCCUGAUGAGAAUGAAAAGGAAGUUCAGGGAGAUGGCGGCGACGCUGCAGCCAUGUCCCCGACACUGAGCAGCGGACACAACGAGGCCCAGGCAGAAGAAGCAGCCAGCGAGCACAGAGAAGAAAUCCUCAUGUCUCAGAGUGUCGACAGCUGCGGCAGCAGCACCUGUAGCAGCAUCAGUUACCGCAGAUGCUCGUCCUGUGGCUGCGACAGCCCACAGUGCAUGGAAAUGGGUCACCUUUCUCCUGACUCGUACAGCCGAGAUGACACGACCAAACUACACUCAGAGUAUUCCUCCUCCAGCUGUGACGGCAACAUCUACUUCUGCAACGGGUGUGACUCCAAGUUCUCAGAGGAAGAUUCCCUGAAAGAGCACAUGGCCCAGGUGCACAGCGACAAGCCAUACAAGUGUGACUUCUGCCAGGCUGCCUUCCGCUACAAGGGCAACCUGGCCAGCCACAAGACUGUUCACACCGGUGCGAAGCCCUACCACUGCAACAUCUGCGGCGCUCAGUUCAACCGGCCAGCCAACCUCAAGACCCAUACCCGCAUCCACUCCGGAGAGAAGCCAUACAAGUGUGAGACAUGCGGCUCCAGAUUUGUCCAGGUGGCCCAUCUUCGUGCCCACGUAUUAAUUCACACGGGAGAGAAGCCGUACCCUUGUGAGAUCUGUGGAACUCACUUCCGCCACCUUCAGACGCUCAAGAGCCACAUGCGCAUUCAUACUGGAGAGAAGCCUUAUCAUUGUGAAAAAUGCGAUCUUCACUUCAGACAUAAGAGUCAGCUGAGGCUUCAUCUCCGUCAGAAGCACGGUGCCGUCACUAACACCAAGGCUCAGUACCGCAGGACUCCCAGCAACAUCAUCACAGGCCUGGUGAACGCCUGCUGAGCCCGCUACAGCCCCGCUGUGUUGUGUUACUUUUGCAUUGGCCGCCAUGUUGUCAAAAGAUUUUUUUUUUGUAUUUUACAAACAGAAACAUAAAUAUUAUAUAUGUUUGCCCUUUAUGCAUUUGUAAAUGAUGCACAUUAUGUAAGCUCUUUGGUAUUUCAAAGAUUGUAGAAGUUUAUGCUUUUGUUGUGAAUGUCUAACAACAGAAUGUACAUGUUGAAUGUGAAUUUGAGCAGGCAUUUCUCUAUUUCGCUACUCACUUAACAGAAUGUCAGCAUUGAAGGACAGUCCUCUUCCUCAUUCGGAUUGAGAAUCA